GCCAGACUGUCAACUACUUACUACUACGGAGUAGUACGAGUACUACUUAGGUACUUACUUCCUACUGCCUAAAUCAAUUCACAACCAAAAGGUACGAUGCUCCAUUGUUACUUGCCAAAAGAAAGUCCCACACUGCGGGAAAGUAUGAUGGGAAAGAUAAAAGAAAAAAGGAAAAGAAAAAGAAAAAAGAGAGGAGUAUUACCUGCUUGUAGCCAGCAUUGUUUCCGUGCUUGCGCGUACUUGACCAUUACAUACAUUUCAAGCAGUCUCACUGCACAUAAUUCUUCGUGAAAGAACUUAUUUGCGUACCUAUGCAGCGCCAGGGGUAACGGACAGCUAUGGCUAAUAUCCGAAGUUGAGCCUUCUAAUGAGUGCGGU